AUGGGCCUAGGAAAAACCAUUCAGACCAUCGCUUUCUUGGCCAGCCUAGCAGAGUUCUACAACCUCUGGGGUCCAUUCCUCAUUGUGACCCCUGCAUCCACUUUACACAAUUGGACACAAGAAUUCGCUCGCUUUGUACCAGCUUUUCGGUUGGUGCCGUACUGGGGGAAUCCAGCUGAGCGUAAGGUGUUGCGCCGCUUCUGGAGCCAACCUGGCUUUGGUGGCAGCCUCAAAAGUGUUGAUGGACGAAGCAGCCGGCGAGAGGAGACAGGAGACGAUUUUCCGGAGGAUGAAGACGAAGCUGUGGAAGCGACCGCAAUAGAAAGAGGAAUAGGAAAGAAUGCGACUAGGAGUGGCAGGGGCGGACGUAUGGGGACACGGGAAGCUGAAUUACAUGUGGUGGUGACAAGCUAUCAAGUAGUGUUACAGGAUGCCAAGUUUAUCAACAAGACGGCUUGGGCCUACAUUGUAUUGGAUGAAGCGCAUGCAAUUAAGAGCACCUCAAGCAUUAUGGAUAUCGAUGUGAUGCGCUGCGAAAUUAUUUACUAUAAUAGAUACGAGUCGAACGCUAGAUUUAGAUGUACAGUUACUUCGAAGCAAGAGGAUUGA